GUUCACCGUUCACCGCUCCCGAGACCACACGACCUGCCCACGUUUCCACUAGCGGAACGGCAAUUUUUUCCCGAUUUUUUUUUUUUUUUUUUUGCUAUCAACACUCGUCCCCUCUCGGCCGACGAUGAGGUGCAGCUGGUUAUGCGCGUUGGCCGCCGUGGCGCUGGCCCAUGCCGCCGAGCAACAGGCCACCACCGGCCAGUCCGAGACGCUGGCCAACGGUCUGAAGAUCGAGUACGUGUACACGCUGGACGGAUGCGAGCCCAAGUCCAAGAUCAACGACAUGCUGACCAUGCACUACACCGGCAAGCUGGUGGACGGCACCAAGUUCGAUUCCAGUCAUGACCGAGACCAGCCAUUCACUUUCCAAUUGGGCGUGGGACAAGUGAUCAAAGGAUGGGAUUUGGGAUUGACCAAAAUGUGCGUUGGCGAGAAGAGAAGGCUGACCAUACCUGCCAAUCUAGCUUACGGUGACCGUGGAGCCGGAAACGUCAUUCCCGGAGGAGCCACUUUGGUGUUCGAUGUCGAGCUAUUGAACGUUGGCGACCAGGCCCCAACUACAAACGUGUUCAAGGAGAUCGACCAAGACCAAGACAAACAGCUGUCCAGAGACGAGGUGAGCGAAUAUCUGAAGAAACAGAUGGCUGCGGCUGAGGGUGCGGAGGGCGGCGAUGAUAUCAAGCAGAUGAUGUCCGACCACGAGAAGCUCGUUGAGGAAAUAUUCCAACACGAAGACAAGGACAAAAAUGGUUUCAUAUCGCACGACGAGUUCACCGGGCCCAAGCACGAUGAGCUUUGAUGAGGGACACGGAAGAUGUAUGUGUAUGGGAUGGGAGGGGGAGCGGUUCGUGGAAUUACGCCGCGCACGUUAUCAUAAUAUGGUAUACUACAAUAUAUAAUAUAUGUAUACGCAUUAAUAUGAUAUCUGGACGGAAGUGCUCGCUUAAUCGAGGUACUCCAGCAUUAUUUUUCUUAUUAUAAUUAUUAUUAUUGUUUUUAUUUUAAUUACUUUAAUUUUUAACGGGAAGUUCGCCAAAAACAAAAAACCAAAAUUCCUCCUCGAGAGGAAUGUUUUUAUUAUUUUAUUUCUUUUUACGAAUAAUAUAAUAUAAUAUUUAUUUGAUUCAGACACAAAAUUAGCAUAAUAUACAUCUUUAUAAUAUUAUUAUAUAAUAUAGUCGUAAUUGGACUACUACUAUAAGCAUAUACUAUACAUUUUUUAUAGUCCGCGGAUUUUUUUGUUUAAUUGAAAACUUUUGUAAGAAGACUGUUGUAAUAAAAUGUUUUAUAUAUACAAUUCA